AACACACGAGGCUUUUCAGAAUCGAUAAAUCACGUCAUCUUCCACCAUGCAUUUCUGACAUUGAUUAUGGGAGUUGCAGCAGACGUUAUUUGAAGACAUUUGGACACAAUCCAUAAGUAUUCAGGACGAAAGGUGAAAGAUGACGACGCCAGCAGACGAGUGUGGUAUCAAAGUAGUAUGCAGGAUCCGGCCCUUGAAUUCCUCGGAGGAAAAGGCUGGUAGUAAAUUCGUCGUGAAAUUUCCUACUGAGGAUUCCAUCAACUGUGGGGGAAAGCUGUUUGUUUUUGACAAAGUUCUGAAGCCCAAUGUAACUCAGGAGCAGGUGUAUGAAAAUGCGGCAAGACCUAUCGUAGCAGAUGUACUGGGCGGAUACAAUGGAACCAUUUUUGCGUACGGACAAACAUCUUCUGGAAAAACCCAUACUAUGGAGGGUGUUCUCGGGGACACUAAAAUGCAUGGCAUCAUUCCUCGCAUUGUACAGGACAUCUUUAACUACAUCUACGGCAUGGAGGAAAACCUAGAAUUUCACAUCAAGGUUUCUUAUUUUGAGAUCUACAUGGACAAAAUUCGAGAUCUCCUCGAUAUUUCUAAGGUGAAUUUGUCUGUACACGAAGACAAGAACAGAGUGCCCUAUGUCAAGGGGGCCACUGAAAGGUUUGUGUCCAGCCCUGAAGAAGUAAUGGAAGCGAUCGAUGAAGGAAAAAGCAAUCGCCAUGUGGCUGUUACUAAUAUGAAUGAACACAGUUCACGUUCCCACAGUGUGUUUCUGAUUAACGUGAAGCAGGAAAAUCUGGAGAACCAGAAAAAACUGAAUGGUAAACUGUACCUUGUGGACUUGGCAGGAAGUGAAAAAGUCAGUAAAACUGGAGCAGAAGGUGCUGUAUUAGAUGAAGCUAAGAACAUCAACAAAUCACUGUCCGCUCUCGGAAACGUCAUUGCUGCAUUGGCUGAUGGAAACAAAAGCCAUGUCCCUUACAGAGACAGCAAGCUAACGCGAAUUCUCCAGGAGAGUUUGGGUGGAAACGCCCGGACAACGGUUGUCAUUUGCUGCUCUCCUGCCUCGUUCAAUGAAUCGGAGACCAAGUCGACACUGCUGUUUGGUCAGCGUGCUAAGACGAUUAAGAACAUUGUCUCUGUGAAUGAGGAGCUCACUGCUGAGGAAUGGAAGAAGAGAUACGAGAAAGAAAAAGAGAAGGCCGCCCGAUACAAAGGACUACUAGAAAAGUGCCAAGCUGAACUCCAAAUGUGGAGAGCCGGUCAAGCCGUGUCGGUGGAUGAACAAGUGGACAUGAAAGCCAGCACCGCCUCGCUACAGGAAGAGGAGAAACCACCACAGCCAGCCAUGACAGCCAGCGUCAGUUCCACAGUCGACGAAAACACCAAGGCGCAGUUUGAGGAGGAGAAACUGAAGCUGUAUGCACAGCUGGAUGACAAGGAUGAGGAAAUAAACGAGCUAUCACAGAUGAUAGAGAGAUUGAAGGAACAAAUGCUGGAGCAGGAGGAGCUGAUUACGAUGGGGAAGCGAGAUUACGAGAACAUGCAGCAGGACAUGGCUCGGAUACAGGCGGACAACGACUCCGCCAAGGAUGAGGUUAAGGAGGUCUUACAAGCCCUGGAGGAAUUGGCUAUGAAUUACGAUCAGAAGUCACAGGAAGUGGAGAACAAGAACAAAGAAAACGAGACCAUUGUGGAAGAACUCAACCAGAAGCUGAGCGAGCUGGAGAAUAUUAAGGCUGAGUUCGAGAAGAUGAAGGACUCGUCUCUUCAUCAGAGGAAGAAGAUGACAGAGGUCAUGGGCAGUCUGAUGAAAGAUAUGUCAGAGAUAGGGAGCAUUGUGGGAGGAACCGCUAACGAAUUCAAGUUUAGCGGAGUUACUACAGACAAAAUGGAGGAGGAUUACACAGUGGCCCGCAUUUACAUCACCAAGAUAAAGAGUGACAUUAAGACUAUAGUAUCGCGGUCGCAGCAGCUAGAAGUGACCGAGACUGAGGUCAAGGAGAAGCUUGGCCACGCCGUGAAAGAUCUCAGUGACUGCAAGCUGACCAUACAACAGUAUGAAGCCAAGAUGUCGACACUCAAUGAGACAAUAAAAGACAUUGACAGCAAGAAGAAGCAGCUGCAGGAGAAUGUCGACAAUCUCAACGAUCAGGUGGAGAUGUUGAAGAUGGAAGAGAAAAUGCACUUGAGCUCUGUCUCGGAGCGUGAGAAGGAGGCAUCAGACCGUGUCCAGAAUAUUUCAGCCAUGAAGGAAUCUCUGGAGAAACAAAUGGAACAACACAGAGAGCAACACGCCAAGAAUCUCGCUGAGCUCCGCGAGGAGGUGGCCGACAAACAGAGUCUCAUUGACCAGCUCAAAGAUACAAACCAAAAACUGAGUUUGGCUUUGGAGAAACUUCAGGCUGAUUAUGACAAAUUGAAGACAGAGGAGACUGAAAAAUCACAGAAACUACAGGAGCUGUCAUUACAAAUAGAUCGCCGUGAGCAGGCAAAGCAGGACCUCAAAGGCCUCGAGGAGACAGUGGCUAAAGAGUUACAGACCUUGCACAACUUACGCAAAUUGUUUGUACAAGAUUUACAGAAUAGAGUGAAGAAGUCAGCCAAUAAGAAGGAUGAUGAGGAUGAUGACGACAUAGGAGGAAGCAUGGCACAGAAACAGAAAAUAUCAUUCCUAGAAAACAACCUAGAGCAACUGACCAAAGUUCAUAAACAGCUGGUCCGUGAUAACGCUGACCUGCGUUGUGAGCUUCCUAAGCUGGAGAAAAGGCUGAGAGCGACGAUGGAGAGGACCAAGUCCUUAGAAACAGCUCUAAAGGAAGCUAAAGAGGGGGCCAUGAGAGACAGGAAGAGAUAUCAACAUGAGGUGGACAGAAUUAAGGAGGCAGUGAGACAGAAGAACCUGGCUCGCCGGGGUCACGCUGCACAUGCCCAGAUCGCGAAACCCAUCCGAGCCGGUCACACUCCAGCAGCAUCGCCGGGGACUACAGGCAUCCGUGGGGGAGGGGGAGGAGUCAAUGGCCCCGCCCCUAUCCGGCCGAAAAUGGAGACAGAGUCCUAGGCCGAACUAAUAUGUUCACUGUGUUUUGUUUACAAGCCUUUUGAAGAGGAGAUUAUUCCAUUUUGAACAAACAUUGACUUCUUUCAAAGGGAAAAAACUGAGUCUUCUUGCUUAGACUUCAUAGCAUGCCGACCAGAGGUCAAAGGUCAUCCAUUUAGUACAGAUGAAAUGCAUGAUUGUAUAGCUUAUAGUAGAUUCAUUAUGAAGCCAUUAUGUCAAUAAGAAAAAGAAGUUGAUUGUUGUGUAGAGAAAUUUGACAUUAGUCUCGUUAGAUAGCUGGGUAUAGUUUACAGGUAAUCAGACCUAGUGCUUUGGUGUAAGGAAUCCUGACUGUUCUACUUAGAUCCCAACUUCUGACCUCAGUUUCAAGAAACUAUUGUCCUUGUUGUUUUAGUUGUGGAAAAAAUUGGGGAAGGGGGGGGGGGGGUCAUCAAUUACAUGAACUAUCACAAAAUGUAAAUUUUAAAAUCUGGUUUUACAAUCCGAUAAAAUUACACACUGUUAAAAGGUUCCCAAAUGGAUAUAUUUCAGACCUCAAACAGAGAUUUCAUUUCACACUCCCAAACUGAGAUUCGAUUUCGCACUCCCAAAUAAAGAUUUGAUUUCACACUCCCUAACAAAGAUUUAAUUUCACAUUCCCAAAUAAAGAUUUCAUUUCACACUCCCAAACAAAGAUUGAUUUCAUACUCUGGCUACACAGGACUCGGUCGGGGCUGACUUCACAAAGACAAGUCAUUUAUAGGAAUCAACAAGCAUAACACUGGCGUUCUUUACAUUAAUCCAGUUUGGAUUUGUCCAUCUAAAAAGGUAUGAGCUUGUAUUUACAAAACUGAAUUCUCUAUUCACAAUUUUCAGUUCGCAUAUAUGUAUUUCAGUGUAAGGAAAAAGUAUAGAAGUUGGUUGAUGAGAAUGAAUUGGAAAAUUAGCUUUUUCUGAUAAUGAUGCAGAGUUGUGAUUUGUCUUGCAUCCAGAAUUUGAGGAAUAUGAUAAAUCAAUUGAGAAAUGCUAAACCAUUGCCAGAGGAGUGCAGUGUUGAAGUGUAAAAGUCUUUUGGAUCUGAUGGUUUAUAUUGUAGAAAGGGUUAAGCAAUAUAGGAAUUUGUGUAAUCAUUGUGAGAGGACAGCAUUUAAAUACUGGAGUGAGGAAGUUGUUUUCUGUGAGAUUUGAAUCCAAAAACAAGAUAAGAAAGUCAAUGAUGUUGGGUGUCAGGUGGAUGUGCUUUGUCAGUGUAUGAAAACCAGAAGUGAAGUUGAAGUUGAUAUUAAGCAUGUAAUGUACAUGGUCUGUUGGGGGGGGGGGGGGGGGGGGGGGGGGGGUUAAAGGGAAGACUGGUGAAUGUGAGCACUACUAACAUGGGUUAUAGAAAUGCUGAAAGGGGUGGAUGGGUGUUCAAAUACACAAAAGGGAGUUCUCUUUGUUUUGGUUUCCCUGCUAGUAAAUUCACAUUCCUAUCAUUGCAUGUGUUUUCGAGAAGAAAAAUCUGUAUUUAAAUUGGUGUGUAGGUUUCCAUGGUUACCAGAUAACUGCAUACAGUCGACAGCGUAGCCCAGAUAAUGUGGUCAAUUUUUCCUCAAGCUUUUCUUUCCGGAAAUAGAGCUUUCCAAGAUAGUAACAGAAUCGAUAUUGACUGAUAAUGAUGUCAGUAUCUUAGUAACUCAGUGUAUAUUGACUGAUUAUGAUGUCAAUAUUAUAAGACAAGUUAACAAUCAAAGAUUUAUUAAGGUCCAAUGCCCCUCUGAGACAAAAGAUAACCACUACAAUACUUUGUUUGAAAUAAUAGUCACUCUCAACGUUAAAAUUUGGUCAUACUGUACAUGCAGGAUUGGAUUUUUAUUUUUUAUUUUUUGUGUGCUAAAAAUGAGAACUAGUAAAAGAAGUUAUAACUUGAGGGGCAUUUCACUUUACAAUGUAGUUAAUGGUGGAAAUAAUACGGCUCUGGCUCUGUUAAAGGAAAGGGGAGAUUAAUCCGAGGGGAAGGAACUGUCCACAAAUGUUGACCCAGAACGCCCUUUAGGGGGAACAUUUGGCUGUGGUAAGAGAAAUGCUCAAGUGUUACAGAGGUGGUCAGAUGUUUAAAGGGGCUACAACCAUUAAUUAAAUUCAAUUCAAUUCGAAUGCAGUCAUUGCAGUGUUGUACAGGAGUGGCAUCAUUUUAUAUUGAUUGAUGUAACAGACAUCUUGAUUGUUGAUGUCCUCUCAAAACAUAGUUUGACCUGGUGCAGAUAUUUGUCGCCUAAUUUUGAAAUGUCUUUUGACAUUUAUAGGAGUUAUGAGAUUGAUCACUGUUUCGUUGUCUUCUCCUUACAACUGUGUAGGUUUGUUAAAAUCAUUUCAAAUCUAGGAUUUCCCAAGAUGAGGUAAGUCUGGUCUUUCUGUGAAGAUUGUUAACAGCCCUAAAUGUCUCACUGUUGUGUGUCUCUGUAGCCAGAGUCUGAAGUCAUAAGAAAUCCCUGUACAUGUAAUUCACUAGUGACAGUGAUGUAUAUGGGAGGCGUACAAACAGGACUGCUCUGGAUAAGAGUAGAAAUCCCUGUACAUGUAGUUCACUAGUGACAGUGAUGUAUAUUGGAGGCGUACAAACAGGACUGCUCUGGAUAAGAGUAUUUGCUGAUACAGGUUUAUAUUUAGCCUGUACUGCAGUCUCCUGGGUGGGGGGGGGGGGGGGUCAGAAAAUUCUAAAGGAGAGAGGUUUACAACCCAAGAUAGCAAAGUUUCUGGCAGUGGGGGUGUUAACAGCACAUGAUAAUGACUUCUUUCUGUGAUAAGUUUUAAAUCUACCACUGAUAAUGAGAAAGUCUAUCAGAGAAAGAUCACAGUUUGUAUUUGAACUUGGCAUGUAAAUCAAUAGCUUCAUGAACCCAUGCUAGGAAAUUAAUUUUUUUGUAGAUAUGGUCCACUUACUAAGAAACAGAAAUCUGAACAAAAUGAAAUGUUGGGGGUAUUUUCUUUUUUUAAGGAGAUGUACUGUGUGUAUAAAAAUAAGUGUUCAUUGCCUUGGUGAGGCGUUUUAUGUUUUUUGUUUUAAAUUAUUUGAAGUUGCAACUUCUUCCACGUGUAUUGGCACGGUGAAGUCUUUCAUUUUGUGUAUGUAGAAGGAAAAUUGUGUUCUGAUAAUUUGCCUUGUAAAUAUCAAACGAUGCUACUAAGUUUGUCUUGUAGAUACUGCAUAAAAAAAUAAAUAUGAUGGAAACAAGUAUAGCUUUUUACACACACACACAUCACAUGCAUGUAUUUGUAAAAAUGUAUGCAGAAAUAUUCACAUAGUUUGAUUUUUCAGUUCAAGGGUGAUGGUUGAAAACUUCCUUCAUUUUCUAAUUUGUCAGGUGUCUCUUAAAUGACUAUCAGUGAGCCGCUUUGUGUAUUGUUUAUAGUUAAGAACUUUUAAAUUUGUGUCAUUUUGUAAAUUUCAAAUUCUCUCCAGCUAUAUGAAGGAUGUGUCCUAUAUACAUGUACACACUACAUAACUAGAAAGUGACAUUAAUUAUUGAUAUAGCUUACUAGAAAGUGACAUUAAUUAUUGAUAUAGCUUACUAGAAAGUGACUUUAAUUAUUGAGAUAGCUUACUAGAAAGUGACAUUAAUUAUCGCUGUAGCUUACUAUAAAGUGACAUCAUUAAUUAUUGCUGUAUAUUAUUAGAAAGUGACAUCAUUAAUUAUUACUGUAUAUUACAAAAAUUAAUUAUUACUGUAUAUUACAAAAUGUGACAUCAUUAAGAAUUUGUUUACAGUAUAGCAAUACUUUGUUUACAGUGUAGCGCUAGACUUUGUUUACAGUAUAGCAAAACUUUGUUUACAGUAUAGCAAGACUUUCCAUCUCUUAACAUUGAACUUAACAAUGCUUAAGGAGCUUACCUGUGUCCAGCAGUUUAUUGACAUUAGCUUUGUGGCGAUGUUUGUACUGCUACAGAUUUGUGGCGAUGUUUGUACUGCUACAGAUUUGUGGCGAUGUUUGUUAUAUGUAUGUGUCUGCAAUCCACAUCUGAUAUGAUAAAUUUGAUGACAGUCACUGCUUUUUACUUCUAUCGACAAUAUGACCGUAUGUUAAUGUACAGUAAAAUAUUGUUAUAAUAAAUCCCCAUAUAACGAAUUACGGCUUAUAAUGAAACAGGCAAAUUGCAUUAAAGCAGAGAGAUGAGAAACCCUUUUAUAAUGAAUUUCUGCUUGUAACAAAUCACAAUAUACUGUAAUGCACGCUUAAUGAAUACUGCUUAUAAUUAUUAUACAGUAAAACAGGGGGGAAAAUAUACCUACUCUUAAUGAAUUCCUGUGUUUUAUUGAUCAAAUAUUGCUUAUAGUUAUUAUACAGCUUACAGUAAAGUAGGCCAUAAACGUACUCUGCUGCGUUUUAUUGAAGUAAGCAAUGCACAAUUAUAAUGAAUUGCUUGUUUAUAAUGAAACGGGCAAUAAAUAGUUAUAAUGACUUAUUACUUAUAAUGAAAUAGACAAUAUACAGUAAAACAGAUAUAACCUGCUGGUGAUGAAUUUCUAACAUACUGAGAUAGUAGCGAGGUACUUUGUUUGUAAUUAUACACUGUAGUAGGACAUGAAUACCAAGAACCCCGCAUUAAUGAAGAAGUACUUACAAUGAAUAUCUGUAUUUAACAAAUUAUAGAAAACACAAUUGGACAUAAUGAAUUAUGCUUUUUUAAAAAUCAUCAAGAUCAGAUUCCCAGCACUAUAAGUGUGUUGUCAUUAUGUAGAUAUUGUGGACUAGUGCCGUUGUAAUAUCACUAUAUGUUGACUGGUUUGUGCAAUAAUUCAAGAUUCUCAGGAGAGCUUGCAGAGUCAUUCGGAUAAAAUGGGAUCUGCUUUAAUGUGUUGGUACUAGGAAAUAAUGUUUAUAGACAUAGUACUUGGGCAGAAUGUUUGUGUGUGUAGCACACACUUUUAUUUGAUGCACAACAGACACCUCAUAGCUUUUUAUAAGUCACAGUAACAGAUGUUUCUUGUAUUUAGUUGGGUUUUUUUUUUUUUUUUGGCCGACAUUUUGUGAACAAUGUUAUGUGACUUUUUUUUGUGAAAUGUACUUCCGAUUUCAAUAAAUUGAUUGAUACAUUAGCAGUUUAGUGAUUGUUCCUCCAGUGUAGUUGUAAGACCGCCUUCAUCAUUACAUGCAGUGUAGUUCAAUCAGAAUUAGAAACGCUUUUCACUGGAUAUUACAAAACUGUAAAUAAACCUUCAUAUAAGACUACUUUUGGACCUCAUUACACACACAUAUAUAUAUUUGAUAAGUGAUUGGGAUUGAGGUGACAGUUUUUCGUUGUAAUGGGUCGCAUUGCAUAUUUUGUCACCGCUCGGUGUAAAACUUGUUUUGGCGUUUUGUUUCGCUCUCAAUGGAAUGUCGUAACAUGAAUAGUCAAUUCGCGGCCAGUAUCGAGUUGAUGCAUGUUAAUGAACCACGCCUACAUGUUUUUAUUAAUAUUGAUUGUAUAUUUAUUGAUAUUGACUGUAUAUUUCUAACUAUGAACAUGUAACUGUCAAAUCUGAGUAAUAACUGCAGUCACGUGACUUGCGAUUUGUAAUACAUGGUGGUUUUGAUUUCUGCUUGCCAGUCGUUUUUGUGUUGAACCUGAUGUAAAUUUCUUUGCAAAAGAACAUUAAAUUAUUCACGAAAAUGUCA